UGGCAGCACAAGACGGGAAAAAUAUGCGUAUAGCGAUUGAAUUCGCAUGUCAAAUCAAACGUUACAUCAACAUGGCGUUCACGUUAUGGACCUUAUUCGAAGCAACGCUGCUGUGUUUAAACGCGGUAUGCGUUUUACACGAGGAGCGGUUUCUAGUAAAAAUGGGAUGGAGCGCGCAACAAAAUAUUCAGGGAUUCGGCGAGCCGCCAACAAUUAGAUCCCAAUUGCUGAAUCUCGUUCGUUCCAUCAGAACUGUAGCAAGGUUUCCACUGAUAUUUUUGAAUAUUUUAACAAUCGUCGUCAAACUUGUCCUGGGAUGAAAUUUAUGCAUCGCGAACGAACAUAACAUAAUCGAACGAAUUUGAGAUUUCAUCGGACAUGCGAUGAAUGUCGGUUAACGCCGUGCAUAUUUGAGGCUCACAUUAAAGGACAUGAUUUACACGUGCCGUAAGAUCACUGUAAUUUUAUAAAUAAAAUGUAAUAUUUGUAUUU